AUGGCUCCUGAAGGCGCAGCUGCGGCUCAGCUUCCCACUUGGCGAAGGCCUAGGCCGCUUGCACCAUAUUCUCCACUCCUUGGCCAUGCAGGAUGGAACACGCCUAUGGCAGGGGACCACACCAAGACUGCAGCACCGCCGCCCAUGCAGCCCCAGCCGCAGUUCCGGAGGGCGCCGCAGCUGGUUGCAGUGCUGCUGGGAGCGCGACAGGUCCGCCGGACCCGCCGAGGGCUCGGUGCCGCAGCAGCGGUGCCGAGCACGGGGCAGACCUUGGAGAAACAGUGGGAAGAAUUCUAUGAGCGAGACGAGCGUGAUGCUCGAGAAGGCUGGGCCAUUGACGUUUUCGAGGAUGAUCGGCUGCUGAAAGUGAUUCUCGAAGCAUCGCCACGGCCACAGAGAGUGAUCCGGCCGCACUUGGGCGAUGAGGUCACCAUCCGCUGCAGUUGGGGUGUGGAAGAUGGUCCCAGGAUCGAGACUGCAAAGGAGGUCACUUUCCGCAUGGGACAGACAGACGGCAUCAUCAAGGGUCUCGAGGAAGCUGUCAUGACCAUGAGCCAGGGCGAAACGUCGCGCUUCUUCCUUGCGCCCGACUUGGCCUAUGGAGAUCAGGGCACCGAUCAAGUGCCACCGGGCGCCACGUUGGAGUAUGAGAUCUCGUUGUUGAAUGUUGUUGAUAUGGAUCCCGACAUCGAUGAAUUUGACGAAGAUUUCGAAAUACCUGAAGACCUUGACAAGAUGGGCAAGAAUGACCUGGGCGAAGGUGGUAGAGAUCCAAGAGGCCGAUAUCUUUGGGAGCGCCAUGGGCAGGAUAUGUUGGUCUGGCUACCCAUCUCCGAUACCACCAGCAGCAGUGAUGUGGACUGCCUGCUCCUGAAGAAUCACAUCUCUGCCACCGUGGAGGACGAGGUGAUUUUUGAUGGAGAACCUGGCUUGGAGAUCGACGAAGAUGAAAGCUACUGGGAAACUUGGAGCCAAGACAGAUACUCAGACGAAGGGAGCCAAGUUGUCAAGGGCAGUUGUGAAGAGACCGAAAUACUGUAUCAGAUUCAGAAGGACCUGGGCUUCCGCAUGGGUGGCCACACGCUGACCCUGAGCCCCGAGGAUUACGUGGACCGCGACGGCCACAGUUGCUCCGUGGCUUUGAUGACCAUGGAUGUGCCACCGCCCAAGGGACCUUUGUUCAUCUUCGGGGAUCCCUUCCUGCGGAAGUACUACACAGUCUACGAUCGCGAAAACCUUCAGGUUGGCUUUGCCUUGGCGGCCCAAUCGAACAUCACUGCCUCGCCGCAGCGAAUCACGUGA